UAUGCGACUUUCUGAUCACAGGCAUGCCUUCUUCAGCAGGUGAAUACUCCGUAAAGUGUUCUGUAGCUACAUUUAUUUAGCCAAAUUAUCAUCCAAAACAUGUGCAUGCAGAUAUUGGGUCUCCUGACUCCUUAUCGAAAUAAUAAAACCGGCAAGCUGGUUGUUUGCUUAUAGGCAAUGUCAACUAAAGUUUCUAGCUAGCUAGUUUGAACCUCAUUUCUUAAAGUAUCCCUGACUUCACUUGACUGUUUUUUGUUGUUGUUCAACACAGACAUGAGACAGCACAUCUGACAGUGUACAGUAGUAGUAUAUUGUUACUAACUAUGAGCUCCCUCCUGAUAUUAAAAACAAGAAUAUGUCUGAAAUACGUUAGCCCACUCUUUAAUCCAAGCACUGCUGGCUUUACUCCUCUGAAUAAUGUGAUUAGCAAGCUAUCAGUUAGAACCAGACUUUUAUGCACUAAAGGAGUGAGUAGACAUGCAGCUAACAACAGGAAAGAGGACAGACAGAGGGAAUUCAAUAUCAGAGAGAGGCCCCCUUUCCCCAAGUCAGUGUUUGCUGCUGGGACAGCCAAGAGAACUGCUGAAUACCAAAAGAAGAGGGUGGAGGAGGAACCAGACUUCCCCAGAAAGAACAAGAGAGUGGAACCCCCAGAACACCCUCUCACUGCCUCAGAAUGGAAGAGCCUCAAAUUGACUUCACCGAACCCUGAUCGCUUUGACGUCCGGAUGAUGUCAUCAAUGCUGGCCGAUGGCACAGACAUCAACGUGGCCAAGUCCCUGCUGGCCUAUGUUGCCAUGGAUACCGGGACGCUGUCUUAUGAGCUGCUUCUGCGGUAUCUCACCCUGUGUGUCGGCGGCAGCCACCACUCUGAGGUGUUUGACAUGUAUGACAUCAUGAGGAGCCGGUUCAGGACAUUAGACACCGGAGCCUCCAGCCUGUUCAUAAAGGGCUUCAGCAGGACAGAACGCUGGAAGGAGGCGCUGACCAUCCUGGAGAACAUCAAGAGGGCCAUCACGCCGUCACCGCGUAACUACGGCGAUACCAUCGCUGGGGCGGUGCUGCAUGGUGACGGUGCCACUGCCUGGGCCCUGUAUGCUGAGCUGAUGGAGAAGGGCCUCAUUCCCAACCAGGAGACAUGGCAGGCCCUGUUCCAGUGUGGCCUCUCUCAUCAGGGCCACGAGGACGGGCUGCAGUCCAUCCUGCUCCAUAUGAGGGACAACCAGAUCUAUCCCGAGGAGACUCUUGUUAAAGAUAUCAAAGCUUGGUUUGAGAGUCUUCCAGAACAGAAGUGGAUUGGAAGCUGGUCCACCGUACACCCCAGGGGAGUGUGUCGAAGCUGCCAGGCAGAGCUGGAGUCCAUCCAGCUGAGUCAGGAGGAGUAUGCCCAGCUCAAAGACAGGGUGAUGGGGGACGUGAUCCAAGGCAGAGACGUCUUCAAUAAGACCACUCCAGAGGAGCUGGAGAGCUUCAAGAACUUUGUCAAGCGGAAGCCGACCUUUGACGUGGUCAUAGAUGGACUCAACGUGGCCAACAUCGGCAUCAAAGGGAACCAGUCGCAGACGCUCUUGGAGGUGGUGUCGGAGCUGGAGCGCCAGGGCCUGGUCAUCCUGGUCCUGGGGAGGAAGCACAUGCAGCGGCCCUCACGCAGCUGGGACAGAAAUGACAUGAGCUUGGUCCAGCAGAAGGCCCACUGCUUCUUCACGGACAACAUUUCUGAGGAUGACCCUUUCCUGCUGUAUGCCACACUGCACUCUGGGAACCACUGUAACUUUGUUAGCCGGGACCUGAUGAGGGACCACAAGGCCUGCCUGCCUGACGGUGCCACCCGACGCCUCUUCUUCAAGUGGCAGAGAGGUCACCAGCUGGUGCUGAGCAGCUACACCCCGGGAAAGAGAGUACGAUUCCAGAGGAUAUUAACUUAUGACACCAUUGUCCAGACAAAUGGAGGCUCCUGGCACAUCCCCUAUGAUGAGAAUGGGGCAGAGAGAUGCACUUAUGAAGUUCCACAGAAGUGGCUGUGUCUCACCCGGGCAAAAUAAGGACCUGCUUAGAACUGUUUGAUCUUCACAAACCUGUAAAUACAGUGUUCAUUAAUGAAACUAUAGCAUGUGAAAAAAUAUUAAAAGACUGAAAAAAACGUUUU